UUUGUCUUGAGUCUUCCCUUUUUCAAUAUAAUACCCAAUGUUAGCACACAUUAACUCACUCCUGACUUUCAAUCCUUAAAGUUAACCAAAGUGUUGUUAAUUUUUGUGUUAAUCAACAACGUUUACCUGAUCAUCCAGCAAUUAUUUGAUUUAGUUAAGAUAAUUAAACCUAACAACUCUCGGAAUAAACCUUUUUACCUAAUUAAUGACAAGCAAGCAAAAGUGACACAUUCAAUAAAACAAAAGUGAACCUUUGUUAUAACCUCGUAACUCUGUAAAGCAAACAAACAAGAAAAGGUCUUCAACCUGAACUAACCUUUUAGUCAACUGUCGACCUCAUUACUCAUUUUCAAGAUCAACAUCUUUAAGGUCAACAUAUUAGUCAACCUGAUUUAGUAGGAGAAACAAAGGAGCCAAUAGAAGCAAAAGAAAGAUUUGAACCAGAGAUAACCAGAGACACUUUGGGUAAACAAUCUGGUCACAAAGGUUUGCGCUUCUUCCAGUCGACGUUCAAUUUGAAUGAAUUUUCAACAGAUUAUUCAAACAAGAUACCUGUCAUCUCUAUUAUCACCGUUAAUUAUAUCAACCUCAUCGCCAUCACCAAUCUGUUCAUCAAUUGUGAAUUGUAAUUAUUUGAGAAAUCGGAAAAGAAGAGUUUUACCGGUAAUUUUCAACCCAAACUCCAACAUUUGACAACAACUUAUGCUUUUUGAAAGGAACAAUUGCCUUCUUUUUGUUUUCUACUAAUUAUCAUUAUAAUCAGUUGAUGUUUAACUUUACUGUUUAACCAACUUGAUUGAGUUUAUUUAAAUUGUUCAAGUGCUCCAAAAAAAACUGACUAAUUUUUACCAACAAUCGCAAUUCAUAGUAAAAAAAAGGUCCAAGUAUUUCAAUCAAUUCCUUCUACUGCUGUGUUAUCCAUUGAAUGGAAAUGUCGUCCAAAAAAAUGUCAUCCUGGAGACGUUUUGUUGAUUUUGUAGGCCUAAUGAAACUUGACCUUUGCCUAUUACUGUUUGGUAUUGCCAAUAAUUUACAAAAUGUUACUGUUGUACAACUUGCUGAGGAUAAAAAGUGCAUUAAUGAUUUAAAUUUGACAAUUAGUUACUGUUUAACUAUUACGGAGAAACACAAUACAGCAGAAAAUGCCCAAAUAAUUCUUCGUCAUGCUGAUGAUAUCAAAAAUUGGCAAUUUUUCAUCAUGAACAUACCAGGAACCAUUGUAUCCGGUUUUUUAGGAUACUGGCUGGAUAAAUAUCCUCAUUAUCUUAAAUUUAUGGUCUUGCUAACCUUAUUCGCUGAGACACUUCAAUCGAUCAUUUUGCUUGUAAAUGCAUAUGUAUUUUCACUUAGUUCAUAUGCAAUUUUAUUCGCUUAUGUACCAUUUGCAUUAGGAGGAGGAAUGUUUCUGAUCUAUGGUGCUUGUUAUACAUACGUUGCCUGGUCAACUCCACCUGAGCUGUUAAUCGUUAGGUUUGCUAUUAUGGAGUUUGUCAGUAUGAGCGCCGGUUUUAUUGGUACAUAUAUCAGUGGACAGAUUCUGAUAAUGAAGCCAUGGGUUGACGGUCAAGCACGUAAUUAUAUUGGAGUUCUUAGUCUAUCAACAAUCCUUCUGUUCACAACACUAUUGCUUGCCAGUGUUUUCAAACUGAAAAACAUGCCUGUAGCAACACCUGAAAAUGCUAAACGUAAAUUGGGACAUGUGAUUGUUGACGUGUUCAAAGUAUCUCGAUUGAAAGAUUUGUUUGCCGCCUUUUUCAAGAGAAGACCCAAUGCUGGACGAGUUCGUUUAUUAUUACUUGUACUAUCAGGAACCCUAUGUUUAGGUGCAUUUCAUGGUGAAGAAACGAUUGGCUAUCAAUACGCUCAGCGAGUAUAUGGUUGGUCAGCUGAAAAGUAUUCAACACUCUAUUCACUGUUAUCGAUUAUUCCUGCUCUAGCAACCUCUCUCGGACCUCAUGUAUUGAAAACCUGUCUAGGUUUGUCUGACUCCAUAAUAGGAAUUCUCGGGACUGUCUCUGUUUUCGCCAUGAAUCUCAUCCAUGGAGUCGUCUUGACUCCAUAUGGUUUCAUCUUUACAUAUAUUGCUGGUGCACUUCACAGGAUUUCAUUUGUCGCCUUCCGUUCAUUGAUAUCAACCAUGGUUGAUUCCAAUGAAGCUGCUAAAAUAUUCACAUUGAUCACUGUCUUUGACUCGUAUGGGGCUUUGGGUUCAGCCUUUUUGUACACACGAACUUUCAAUGCCACCAUUCAAAAUAACCCAGGAUUGACAUUCAUUAUUGCGGCAAUCAUAUUGACCAUUCCAGUUGCCACUUGUGUUUGGCUUGAAGUUACUCGAUCCAAAUGGGAACCAAAAGUAUCAACUGAGAAAGACAAUAUUUAUGGACAAAAAUCACUUCCAGAUAAUACAACUAAUGGCAAUCUUCACCCACCUACUACACCAUCUUUGAUGAAGAUCAAAAAUUUAACCAUUAUGAAUGUUUCUAAUGUGUCGGACAAGUUUUAAUCAAUUGACUUUUAUCAUUUUU